CGCUCAGCUCUCGGCCAUUGGUCGACUCGCGCGCCUGGAAGACAAACCUGACGCUGAUUGAGAGAAUCCGGUUUGAGAGACCAUGGCUUCAAAGUGCCCUAAAUGCGAAAAGACUGUUUAUUUUGCUGAGAAAGUGUCAUCACUGGGGAAGGAUUGGCACAAGUUCUGUCUGAAGUGUGAGCGCUGCAGUAAGACCCUCACAGCGGGUGGCCAUGCUGAGCAUGAUGGGAAACCGUAUUGCCACAAGCCAUGCUAUGCUGCCCUCUUUGGGCCAAAAGGCGUGAACAUUGGGGGUGCAGGCUCAUAUGUGUAUGAGGCUCCUGUCAACUCCUCCCCACCUGCAUCCAACAUGGACUCUGCACCAAAACCUCAGGAGAAACGGGUCCAAGCUUUUUCAAGGCCGCCAUCUAAAGCUGGAAGCAUCACAACCUUCUCUGGGGAAGCCAACUUGUGUCCCAGAUGCAACAAGAAGGUCUAUUUUGCUGAGAAGGUGACAUCACUGGGGAAGGACUGGCAUCGUCCAUGCCUGCGUUGUGAGAGAUGUAGUAAGACCCUGGCAGCAGGCAGCCACGCAGAGCACAAUGGUCAGCCCUACUGCCAUAAACCAUGUUAUGCAGUCCUCUUCGGCCCAAAAGGUGUAAACACUGGGGGUGUUGGCAGCUACAUCUAUGACAAGGAGCCCAACACAGAGGCUCUGCCUUGAUUUUUCAGUCCUUGGGAAGCCCAACUUCACUAUAAUAACAGCCACUACCAGUACCUCACACACUUUCACAUAUGCCCCACUCUUUGUCUGAUCACGGAGGACAUGUGCCAGCUUGGAUCUUUCUGCAGAAAGUGACGGCACAUACUACAGCCAUUGCCUUGAGCUCCAACUGCACCACUGACAGUCCCCUGGGCUCUUCUUAUGGGUCCACUUGAUGGUCCUCUACCCCAAUCCCAGCUGUCUCCAACAGGAACAUUUGAACUGGUUAAUACAAUCAUUUCUUAUUUUCGCUAUGAUUAAUUUAAAGGUAUUUAUUUAAUUGAUUAAAGGGUCUUUGUUUGUAUAAUCAUUUAAACGCUGUAUUGUGGCUCCUAAAAAAAACAAACAAAAACAAGAUCCCUACUUCCACACUACUGCAUGUACAGAAAGAUGUUUGUGUAAUGUGUAUUCUAGUAGCAGAUAAAACAAUAGAAGUCUAUUGAGGGAGCUGUGUUUAAUGACGAGGAGCCAGGAUGUUUGAAAUGCCUGCUGACAGAGAGAUGAACCUCGCCUUAGAGGAGCACAUCAUCAUAAAUCAGAAAAAUAUUCCCUAACCCAGAUUGACUUUUUGGCCAUAUGUUAACAUUCCUAUGUUUUAACAUUUUAAGAGGAGGUCUGCAGGAUGUAUGUAAGGUAAUAUGGCCAAGCUCUUAUUUUUGUUAGGGGAGGACAGAGCCUACUCUCAAGGUCCACUGUCCUGCAGAGUUUAACUCCAGCUCUAAUUAGGUAAACCUCAACCAGCUAAUCGAGGUCUUCCAGAUUGAAGUCCACAGGGACAGAUGGGAACAGGGGUGUAUGUGAUUGGUGCUUGGUGACCAAGUAGCUGCAGCUAAUAUUUCUGAUGCCAAUUUAGUUUAGUUUCAUAAUGCAUGGAAACUUAAGGAAAACUUAAGCUUUUAUAUUGUUUGUGAUGUGAAUAUUUUCAUCAAACCCCAGUUUCUCAGUGUGUUGAAACUGUAGUAUUAUGUUUCCCAUUUGUAGUAAAUUCGACUACAUUCUUUAUGAAUGUGCAUUUGUUUUUUGUUUGUUUUUUCUGUAUCAGGCCUUUGUUAUUUUGAGAACUUAUGCAGAGUCUGUAUCUCAAGUGCUGCUGCUUCUGUAUGUUUAAUCCCUUAUUAAAGUUUACGUAAAGCCUU